AUGGUACAUUCUAAAUUUUUCUCUUUAGCUGAUUUGACUUUUGAGGAACUGAAAGAACAUCAUGAAUGUCCAUAUGAUCAGGGUGGUUACUUUAUCAUAAACGGUUCCGAAAAAGUUCUAAUAGCUCAAGAAAGAUUAGCCUACAACUACGUCUAUAUCUUUAAAUAUGCUUCUCCGUCGACUACCUUGUAUAGCGCGGAAUUUCUAAGAACUGUAAACUUGAAAUUGGUUACGAAAACUUUUGCCGAAGACAAAGCUGAAUCAUCCAUACACGUCGCUUUGCCUUUUAUUAAAAAGGAUAUUCCAAUUAGAGUUUUAUUUCUUGCCUCAACGAUGAGAACUUCAUCGAUUGUAUUUUGUCUUGAUCCUCACGACCCUGAAAUACUCAAAAUUGAAGAGUCUACCAUGAUAUGUAUCUCUCCGGAUGAAUUAUAUGAGUCGAGAUUGUAUAAUUUACGUAAACUUGAAGGUUUAAGACCAAGAAGGAAAAGACGAUCGGUCCAUGAACGUCUAAUUAAUUUACCAACUUAUCCAAAUAAGUGGACCCAUUGUGAAAUUCAUCCAAGUAUGAUUUUGGAAGCAUCUUGUAACCACAAAAGUUAUGGAAUACUUCAAUUCAGAGAAUUACCUGCUGGGAUCAAUGUUAUCGUAGUUCUGUGUUAUGGAGGGUACAAUCAAGAAGAUUCCUUGAUUAUAAACCAAAGUAGCUUUGACCGGGGAUUGUUUAGAAGUUUUACUUAUCGACGUUAUCUUGAUCAAGAAAAAGUGGGCGUUUUGAACAUGGAAGAUAUAAUCAAGCCAAAUCCUUAUAUGAACCUUGGAUUAAACGUGGAAAUUAUGAGAAACUUGAUGAAUGAUAUUCUUAUAGGAAAGUUGGAGUUAGAAAUACGUGAAUUCCUGAAAUUAGAGAUAAAUUCGCAAGUCGUCAUGGUCAAAAAUGAACCAAUGGAAUCAAUUAUCGUCAAGAUAUACGUGCUUAAUUCUGACUUGCGAUUGUAUACACUUGUUCAUAAAGCUUCGGGUAGUGAAGGUGAUGCUACAGCUUUUUCGGAAUUUACAGUAGAAUCCAUUUCGCGAAAACUUGGUUCUUUUGGAUUCCACCGUCGUGGAUUGGAAGUUAUGUAUAAUGGUCAUACUGGAAGUAAAUUAUCCGCACAAAUUUUCAUUGGACCGACUAAUUAUCAACGGUUAAAACAUAUGGUUCAAAAUAAAAUUCAUUCACGCGGAAGGGGUCCAGUUAAUAUAUUAACCAGACAACCAGUUGAGGGACGUAGUCGUGAAGGAGGAUUAAGAUUUGGUGAAAUGGAACGAUAUUGUAUGAUUUCUCACGGAACAGCCUUAUUUUUGAAGGAACGACUUAAUGAUGUCGCAGAUGCUUUGUGGACGCAUAGCAUAAGUUUCGAAAAAAGUUUAUAUUUGUAA